UCAUGCUCCCACAAUGCACGGCUUCCAGCGCGGCGCCAGCAGGCCAGGCCCAGACCCCAAUAAACAUCUUUUACGCCCUUCAUCUGUCUAAAAUGCGCACGUGGAGGCCAAAUGGAGCAAGCGGGGAGAUCGGGGAUGCGCGCCAGGCGGUCUUUUAAGAUGCUUCGCUUCAUCUGAUGAACACAAAUAGACUGAGUCAACAGCAGAAACUCAGAUCCAGUCAAUUCUAAAGCCCCUCAUGAAUGCAGCCCUCCUGGGGUUGCUAUGGCAGGUGUUGUCAUCGAAACCAAGUGCUGGACACAGGCCUGUCCCAUCAAAGCAGGACAGACCACGACGCGCCAUUGCCACAAGAUAUCCUUAAAUAGUCAACAAACUGCACUUAGUAUUAUUGCAAGCACCCCGAGAUAACACAACAUUCUGAGACCAGAGAGUGGAUGGCCAGCUGCAAGUAGAAUCCUCAUGAGUGUUGCUUGUUCCUUGCUUUCUUGCUCCGACUCAGUCAGUUCAUCUCUGCAACACAACCCAACACCAUCCCCGUGGGACCAUGUUCCACCAGCAAGAACAACUGAAGGGUCAGCUGCAGGAUAGCCACAUAGCUAACAGGCAGCUUGGCUUCCACUGCCAGGAAUGUGGGAAGCAAUACAACACUCAGCUGGGUUAUAGACGGCACCUGGUGGAAGCUCACAGUGCUGGCGCAGGGCUGUCCUGUUCCGAAGGGGCACCAUCGCUGCUGGAGCACCUGGGUGGUGGCCAUAUCGAUAGGCCACCUCCAGCAGAGGGCAACAGUAAUGCUGUUGUGGCAGUGAGAGAGAGGAAAUAUUCCUGUGAGCGAUGUGACCGCCGUUUUUACACUCGCAAGGAUGUACGUCGUCAUGCUGUGGUGCACACCGGACGCCGUGAUUUCUUGUGCCCUCGCUGCGCUCAGCGCUUUGGCCGCAGAGACCACUUAACCCGCCACUUGAAGAAGAGCCAUGCACAUGAUGCUGGAUUGAUACCAUUGGUUACGGCCAGUACUCCUGUGGCAACAUCCACUACCACCACCCAAUGUCCAGUGAAGGAGUCCAGCCCUUUAGCUUCAGACCGAGGCUCUGCCUCCUCCAAGGAACCUGUGGAGACCUUCACCAGGGACAUGUUCAACUCCUACCCCAUUACCAAUUCUGUUCCCGGGAUGAGUCACCCACAUGGCCUCAUGCAGGUCUCCUUGUCUUCAAGCAUGGGUGUCGCUCGCCACAUGCCUCCGCCAUCUCCUCACAACCACCACCAUCACUUGCAGCCUCUGUCAGCACCACAGCAGCAGUCAUACAGCAACAUGCCCAGGUACCAACAAGGAUCUACCUCAUAUCCUCGCACUGAAUUGGACAGCUUCCUGCUGGAUCUGCAGGGUGCCCCUCCUCCUCACCUCAGUUCGGUCAACUCUUCUACCUCUACCUCACCUCAAAGGGAGAUGCUUGCUGAAGGGAUGGGUGUCGGUAGUGAUCCCCAACUCGUGCCCCGGAAUCCUUCUGUCCCUUCAGCUGAACUGUCCUGCACCACUAACAUGGAACUUGGGCCACUGUUGGGCUUCUUGCCUUUCAGCCUGCCACCUUACAGCUCUCAUGUAGGAAUGGGUGGGUUAAUGAUGGGUUAUCCUCCUGCCACCACUGCCACCUCCUCACCAACCUCUUCCACUGGGUUGUCCUCACAGGCUUCAGGGCCUUUUAGCUUCUUCCAACCUUCUCAGGCUCAUGUCCCUCAGGGCGCCGUAGCCCACAACCACAGCCAACUACCUCAGGCAUACAGCGCUUCUGCUGUUAGCACUUCUAGCUCCUUACCACAUUACUACCAAGCCUUUCAGCAAUAAGCGGUUUUGUCUCAGACUAACCUUCACAUAUGGAUGUCUUUUUCCUGUCAAAUGACAAUUGAAACUAUAGAACAUGUAUACAUGUUACUGGGUUUGAUUUUUGUUUCUCACAACAAAUCACCUCAUCAGUAUUACCUUUUUUUUUAAAAAAAAAGUAUGCUUAAAUGCACAAAUGUCUCUCUCACUACAACGAACAGAGUAAUUCUUCUCCAUCUGUAAACGGCAGUUAAUGCACUUGAUCCAGUUAUCACAUGCGCCAUGUGAUUACAACCUGUUUUAACGUAACAGUGUAUCGUAUAAACUUGGACAUGUCACAUAUAUCUAAGUCCCACUCAAAGCACUGCGUUCUAAGAGGCCACAGUAGGAUGGUGGCACAAAGGCCAGCGUUAUGCAUUUGCUUUUUGUUAGUGUUUUCCAGGCAUCACAAAUUUAGAAUGCACUUAAAUGUAGUUUUCAUAAUUACGAUGUUCUUUUUAAAAAAAAAAAUGGCUAUUAGGCAACCCAAUCAUAUAAUUAUGUUGAUGAUAGGUAAGCAUUUCUAAAACUAGUAUUCAGAUUAUCUGCGGACUGAAAUGUUUGCCAGUAUAAUUUUGUGACAGAUUAUCUUUUGCUUACCACAGAUCUGUUAGAUACAAGGAUUAAUACAGUGUUAGAUGCUGUAUACCAUUUAAUAUAGAUUGAGCAACCAUAAUGACCACUUACACAAUAAAUUAUCCAACAGUGCUAUAACCGGCUUUUACAAAGAUGAUGUUCAGUUAGAUGGAUUCUACUGCAUCCUGAGACCUGUGUCUGAAUUUAACUUUGUCAGGGCAGAAUAUUCGAUAUCAUGCUGUGCAGUCAAUAAUAUCAUGGCUGGUGUGAUUUUAAUGUUAACCCGUCUCUUUCUCUUUUGUAAAGAUGUUUUGUGCCUUUGCAUCUCUGAUCAAGCAGGCCUUCGGAAAGCAUGCAGCAACUAUGUAGUUGUAGCAUGACUACACUUUUAUUCAACAUGUCUAAGUGUCUUACAGGGAAUGUAUAGUUGAUCACUGUGCAAAUCAAAAAACUCAUCUCAGGAGUUUGAUAUUUAAAAUAUAUAUUUUUUGAGGUAACAAUAACUAAUAGCUGAUUAUGAAAAUUUUCAUUCACCCAGGGCAUUCUAAUCACAGGGCAUUCAGUUGAUAGUUGCAGGAUAAUUAAGGUUGUCUGAGAUGUUUUGCCUCUCAUCUGAGCAGGCUUCAUUAGUUCAGCGCUCAAAGAUUAGCGAGGACAGUUGUAGAUAAGACAUUGCACAGUGAGUGCCCUUCUGACAUUCCUGUUUCAAACAAUAAUUCUCAAGGCACUUGUCAGCAAAAAUUAAUUUUACCCCCCCAAAAUUGUUUUACUUAUCAGUAAAAUAUUACUGAUCCUAUUUUAAUCGCAGAUUAUUGUUGCUACUUUAGGUUUUAUUCCCAUUUUUUUUUUUUUUUUUUUUUUUUUUUUACAGGGUGUCCAUAAUCACAUAUUUAGGUGAUGCAUACCAGAGCUUGAUUAGCUAAAGUAAUGAUCAAAAAUUGGUCCACACAGCCCAGUUCUUGAGCAAAGAUUUAUGUAUCAUGUGUGAAAAUGAAGUCAUAUACAGUAGUCAAAUAUGAUUUUUGACCAAUGUUUCUCAACAGUCAGUGUGUGAUGUCACGUAUGUCUCCUGUAAUGCAAUUGUAAGCAAGAAAAGUACACCGCCACCAAGGAGUUCAAUGGAAUCAGCAGGCAUUCACAGUCUGCCUCGGUCAGCAUGUGAGAUGGAAUGGCAUGGAAAAACUUUUUUUUUUUUUUAAAAAUACUCCAGAACCUUUACAUGUUUAGCAAUUACCCUGGUUUUAGUUUUUGAAUCCCUCCACCCUCACCGCCAUCAAACUGAUUUUAAAGAGAAUUGUACUUGAGAAAAGUGGUGGAAAUUGUGAUAUUUGUAAGUGUCUGAAGGCCAAACAGUUUUUGCCUCCAAAACUUACUUGGACAUUUUUUUUUUCCUGAAGUGUCAAGACUGAAAGACCUUUGUUUGAAACAUUUUUCCUAGAUUGGCUGAAUGAGGUUUAAGUACAAGCGCUGGCCUUGAAUAGAUACUGGAUCUUUAGUGUCUAGUUGCCAUUUGUGUGAGUGUGUGUGCGUGUCUCUCUCUCUCUCUCU